CGUCCGGUAGGUGAGGUCAGGGCCGGGGCCGCCAUUUUGAGCGGCUCCGCGGGCGGCGGCGGCGGCGGCGGCCGCGGGCGGGGGAGGAGCGCGGCCCCCAUGGCCGGGCAGUUCGACUCCGAGGACCGGGCGAGCUGGUACUGGGGGCGGCUGAGCCGCGCCGAGGCCGUAUCGCUGCUGCAGGGGCAGCGCCACGGCACCUUCCUGGUGCGCGACUCGGGCACCAUCCCCGGCGACUUCGUGCUGUCGGUGUCCGAGAGCUCCCGCGUCUCGCACUACAUCGUCAACAGCCUGGGGCCGGCGGGAGCCCGGCGGGCCGGCGGCGAGGGCCCCGGGGCCCCGGGGUCGAAUCCCACCAGAUUUCGAAUAGGUGAUCAAGAGUUUGAUUCUUUGCCAUCUUUACUGGAAUUCUACAAAAUACACUAUUUGGACACUACAACCUUGAUAGAACCUGUUUCGCGCUCGAGGCAGAAUAGCGGGGUUAUCCUCAGGCAGGAGGAGGCCGAGUAUGUGCGAGCGCUCUUUGACUUUAAUGGCAAUGAUGAGGAAGACCUCCCCUUUAAGAAAGGAGACAUACUGAGAAUCCGGGAUAAACCUGAAGAGCAGUGGUGGAACGCAGAAGACAGCGAAGGGAAGAGGGGAAUGAUACCCGUUCCUUACGUCGAGAAGUAUAGACCUUCCUCUGCUUCAGUCCCCACUCUGAUUGGAGGUAACCAGGAUAGUUCCCACCCACAACCACUGGGUGGGCCGGAGCCAGGGCCCUAUGCCCAGCCCAGCAUCAACACUCCGCUCCCUAACCUUCAGAAUGGCCCUAUUUAUGCCCGGGUUAUCCAGAAGCGAGUCCCUAAUGCCUACGACAAGACAGCCUUGGCUUUGGAGGUCGGUGAGCUGGUAAAGGUCACAAAGAUUAACAUGAGCGGUCAGUGGGAAGGAGAAUGUAAUGGCAGACGCGGUCACUUUCCAUUCACACACGUCCGUCUGCUGGAUCAACAGAAUCCUGACGAGGACUUCAGCUGAGUGUGGCUCAACAGUUGCUCUUACAGAUGGGAACAAUCUCAACUUGUUUUUAUUGCAGAUGCCAUCAAGACUAAGCUCGGACCGACGCUGCAAGCGGUAUUGCUUGGAUAAGCAUUCUGAUAACCUGCAAACCCCUGGGACUCAACACCACCAUUCCUUAAGCAAGGGUCAUGUAAUUCAGGGUACGACAGUAGAUAACUCGUGUUCAGUGGCAGAACUAGGCCAUGAUUAUAGGUUGUAAUGCCUGCUUAUGUCCACGUGCAUGGCAGCCUGGACCUUGCCAGCAGCAGCAGCUGGAGAAAGCAGUGCUGUAGAUGUUCAGAGAACAUUUAUAGCUCUCUCCAGGCCCAUUGCUUACAUUGCUUCUUCCUCAGGCAAUGAACAUCAACCGUAGACAAUUCAAUACCUUGAUAGAAAUUUCACAAAUUUAUCCUGGAGUUCUCUCCAUGUUUUUUUCCAUCCUGGGUUCUCUGUCCUAGAAAGGCUCUGCAGUGCUCUGCGUGGUCAGUUAGCUGUGCACAGCACAGACUGAUGCAGGGCCCGCUGGGGACGGCCUUAUGAUUUACAGAUCCUUACCAUUUUCAUGGUAAAUGACAGAUCCAAUCAACCUCAGAAUUCUAGAAGCUUGUGGACACUAGAUUGAUUUCUUGAGUACUGUUGAUGCUUCAAACAUAGCAGCUGAUUUUAAUUUAAGAUUUUUAUUAACACACAGUAUCUCCUUUUAUCCACAAAUACAAGGCUUAUGGAAGUGUAAACCUCCAUAUCAGUGCUGAAAAAUACGUGCAUAGCACUUUAAUAUGUAGCUUUAAAGCAGUGUUUGAUUCACUAAAUAUACUAAAAUAUUGACACUGCUUUCCAAUAAAAUUAAUUUGUGUAGGGCUAGUUUAAUUUUUCUAGAAUUCUUCAAUAUUGUACAAUACUGUUACAAUACAAAUCAGUGUCAAGCACGGUGAACUGACAAACCAAAUAUUAGUUUUAUUUUAAAGACACUCUGGGGACUCUUCUGGUUUAAUUCCCAUCUGUAAAAUAUUUGAUAGCAAAUUCGUGAGGAUUUUAUUUUUAAUAAACUAAUGGAAAAUAAUUGUGUGCUUCUGGAUUGAUUCUCAAAAGGCAUAAUAGAGUAAAUAUGGCUUCCUAGCUUAUGAUGAAAAUCAGUGCAUUGGGUAGGCAGUAUUAUGCACUGCUCAAUGGUUGUUUUUUAGUCUGUUCUUCUAAUUAUCUGGUUUUCUCUAAUAUAAAUCAGAAUGGAUUUAGUAAGUUUUGUAAACUGAAAUUAAACACUGAAGUAACUCUCCCUUGCCUGUACCCUGGGUUAUUUUUCAAGCACAGCACUCUGGUGACCAAACUAAAUUUUGUAACUUUGACUACAGUAUAAUCCAUGCAGAAGGGUUUUUCUAAAUAGUAUCAAACUGAAACCGUUGGGUUUGGUUGCUUCAAACCCGUGUGACCCCAAUGGCUCAUGGGUUGCACGUGCUACAAAGGCCUUUGCUGCAAGGCACCUACUACAAUACUGGUAACACUUUACCUCAGAACUCUGUAACAUGCUGGAAGUUAUAAUAUUUCUGUUCUAUUUAAGUACUAGUUGUUUUACUUCAAAACUAAUCCAUCAGCAAGUCUGAGUAAUGUUCAGGUUAUGGGCAGUCAUUAAUUCCAUGGACUAAUGUUAAUCACACUUGUCCAUCACCAGUCUCAUGAGCACUACUGAGGAUUAUUAUCAAAAACUGACAGCAGGGACAGUGGGGUAAGAAUGGAAACAAGGAAUUGCAGCUCUGUUCUACCUUGGGUUGCUAUUCUGGUUAGGGUGACGUGCCAGUGAUUGUGGGAGCUCUUCUAGCUUAGUACAAAACUUACUUUGAGGGGAAAAAAUUGAGAAACUAACUCUAGGUUCUGUAACUCAUCAGGUUCUUUAAGGCUGAUUUGUAUUUUUCCUCUGAUGUUACUGUAACUGUUUGGGGGGUUUUGUUCAAUAGCUGCACUCUAAAUAACAGACUUAAUACUGAAUUUUUCAGUUGCCCAUAUAUGCUUAUAUUUUUCUUCACGUAUUGCAAAAGAAACAUAAUAAACAGUGUGUCCUUAGAGUGACACUGUUCUGAAGUAUUUUUGCCAACUGCAGUUAAUGAAAGCCCAUAUAUUUGUACCUUUCCAAUCAGGAAUUAAGAUACCAAAAGAACAUUUUUCUGGAAGUUUUAUUAUGCAAACCUUGCCUUUUAAUAUGAAAGACAUGAAUUGAACUAACUAGCAAAUACCCUGCAAACUUUGUAGAAGUGGUUUUGGUAAGACUGUAUAAAUUGUGAAUACUUGUACACUUUGAAAGAGCAAAAAAUGAAGAAACUAGAGGAGUCUUAAUAGGUGCUGUUACACUAGAAUCCCAAGUUCUUGUCAAGCAGUUUUUUUAGCUGACUGAUGCAUUAAUGCAACUCUUUUCCACUCCAGUUCUAAGCUGAAAUGUGAUUUUGUUUCAUAGGUGAUAGAAAGGAGUGUCUUUUGCAUUUGGACGAAAUAGACAUUUCAACUUGUCAGGCUCUUCAAGGCAAAUAGGUAGAACCUAUGUUCAUGACCAUGUAGAUGAAAUCCUUUUGUGGCCUUUGUUUAUCCUCUUCUAUUUGUUCCCUCCCUUCUCCCUGAUGCGUGCAAAAAAAUCAUUGCUCAGAAUGUUGGUCACAAUCUUUUGUCUCUUCCUUGGCUGUGGUUUUGGUCUCUUGUGCAUAGGCAGGUGUUAGAACUAGAAUAAUCAUUUCUAGAAAUACACCAUGAAAGCAGAAUGCUCAAUUACACUGUGUUCUUCUGGUGCAUUUACACGUUAUAUCACACUAAAAAGUACAACUGGCUGCUAUGGUUUUUUUAAUAUAUAUUUCAUUUUGGUAAGCCCCAGCCUUUUUACUAAUAUAUGACCUGGUAAAAUCUUGUUAAUCUGUUUGAAUUGUAUUUGUUAAUAAUGCAAAUAUUUCUAAUCAUCUUUAAAACGCUUCCUUUUUGUUAAUGGUUUUGGGGAAGGAUUCUAACCAAACCUGUUUGAAGAAAAAUAUGAACAUGUGCCAUUGUAUUAUAACACUAUCCACUUUCUUGACAGUUAAAGUCCUUUUUUAUUUUUUUGUAGCAUGUAAUGUAUAUGUUCAUAGUAUGUGAAGUAAAUAAAAGUAUAGCCAAAACUUUGA